AUGCCAAAUAUCGACUCUCAUACACCACUGGUAGCUUCAUGUGUAUUUGGACAUGUGCCUGUUGCAAAAACGUUGAUAGGGGUAGGAGCUGAUAUUAAUAAAGAGGGCCAUAAUCAUACACCACUGACAGCAGCAUGCAGUGCUGGACAUUUGAGUGUUGUGAAAGAACUGUGCAAAAUGGGUGCAGAUGUUAAUUUGAAGGGUUAUAUGGACUUCGGUCAUGAACCACCACUAAUAGAAGCGUGCAAAUAUGGACAUCCUAGAAUUGUAAAAGAGCUGCUAAAUGUUGGAGCUUCAAUAAAUCUAGAGUCUGCUUCAAAUUCACUACUAAUAGCUGCAUGCUGGAAUGGACAUCUAAAGAUAGUAAAUAUAUUGCUGCAAUCAGGGGUCAAUUUCGACCAAAUAACUGAUUGCAAUACCCGACUUAUAUCUGCAUGUAGGAUUGGUGAAUUGGAGAUAGUGAGGGAGUUUAAAAAGGCCGGGACUAACGUUAAUUUACAGAGUAGAAAUAACGCAGUGGAUGCUUUGACAGUUGCCUGUGACCUUGGACAUCUUUCUGUGGUAAAAGAGCUACUUAAGGCAGGAGCAAUAGUUAAUCAUCAGAGGCAUCAUGGUACACCAUUAAAUGCUGCAUGUCGUAUGGGUCAUUUCGAAGUAGCCGUUGAACUGCUUAGCGCUGGAGCCGAUGUCAAUUCAUCAGCUUUUACCAAACUGCUUCAAAAUGGGGCUGAUGUUAAUCCAAAGCUUGUAUUGCUUACUCCAUUAAAUGCUGCUUGUAAGUCUUUUCAUACAUGUAUUGAUGUGGUGAAGGAACUGCUUAAGUUUGGAGCAAAUGUCAAUUUCAAUCCUUGGUAUUGUUCUAUACCAAAGGAAUACAAAAAACCAUUGACAGUUGCUUGUAAGAGUGGAAACUUGGAAAUUGUAAAAGAGCUUUUGAAUGCAAAGGCAGAUGUUAAUCCACAGGGUGUAAGUAAUUCACCACUGGUAGCUUCAUGUGCACGUGGAUAUGUCGAUGUGGUGAGAGAAUUGUUGCAAAACGGGGCUGAUGCCAAUCUUCCAUGUAAAUAUAGCACUCCACUGAUAGCUGCAUGUAAAAGAGGACAUUUGAAAGUAGUGAAGGAGCUCAUACAGGCUGGAGUUAAUGUAAAUUCACAUCAUAAAAAUGACAUUCCACUGAUAUUAUCAUGUGAGGGUAGAUAUACGGAUAUAGUAAAGGAACUGAUUGAUGCAGGGGCUGAUGUCGAUGUUGAGAAUGAAAAGGGAGAGACACCGCUGUAUAAAAUAGUUGAUAACUAUAACCCAUCCAUUGAUGUUUUAAAAAUGCUUAUCGAAAGCGGUGCUGAUUGUACAAUUUGUUCCAGAAAAGGGAUAUCGCCUUUAUACAUUGCAUUGAUUAACAACAAGGUGACUAUUAUAAGGUUGUUAAAAAAGACAAAAAGUAAGGAUCUGCAAAUCAGAAUAAAUCUACAUUUGUUUACAAUCCUAAAGGACUUAAGACAUGCAGAUGUGGCUACUAAUAGUAAGGAUGAUGUAGUGUUAACAAAGAAACUUGUCUGGCAUAUGAAUAAAGAUUUACAUGUAAAAUUAAUUUUAGCUGACUGUGAUGUAUUAAAACAUUUGCUAUGCAUUGGUCUCGAUUCCAACCAAGAUAUUUCAAUUUACGAUGAACCAAUUCUGUCGGACAUCAAACCCGUACUAUUCAGAAUCAUUGAUGGCAAUUUAUUCUCUGAUACCAAACACCUUAGGAAGAUGCUCAAUAUUUUACUUGAGACCGGAGUAGAUAUUAAUUUGAGGGUUAAUUACACAGAAUAUAACUCUUUAGUGGAUAGAAAGGGUGUAUCCGCUUUAGAAAGAACAAGGAAACUGAUGAGUGAAAACAAUGACACCAGACGGGAUAUACAUGCAAGCUUUCAGAGAAGGAAGUAUCGAAUGAUUUUGAAAGAAAUUAAGAAAUACGUCAGAAGAUACUCCAUUUGA